CCUUCAUUACACCUUUGGGAUGCUUCGUGCACCCGACUGCCUUCUUUCUUCUUCUUUUUUGAUUAAUAUUUGACACAUCAUUGUUCGACAUCACUAUUGCAAUGGAAUAAACCACUAUGCGAGGAACCGGACAAAUGGGAUUGCAAUCCACUGCAUUAUGCUGUUAAACAAGGAUUGGAAGGACUAGUUUGUGAAAUGCUGGAGUGGAAGAAAUCCUUAGCCUACAUUCCAGCAGGCAGUGAAAAUGACUGGACGACAACAAUUCACAUUGCAGCCAGUGAAGGUUAUGUGAACAUGAUAAAUGAGCUAUUAAAUCACUGUCCAGAUUGCUGGGAAAUGCUUAACAGCAGUGGCCAAAAUGUUCUUCAUGUUGCCAUGUCAAACAAUAAAAGAAGAGUAGUCAGAUUCUUAUUGAAUUCUAAAUUGUCUCAUAACCUUAUUGACGAGGCGGAUAAUGAUGGCAACACUCCUCUCCAUUUGCUUGCUGCCUCUAAUCGGUUAUCCGUGCCUGUUAAAUUAAGAGGACAUCCAGGUACAAAGAAGAUGUUAUUUAACAAAGAAAACGAGACUCCGCUUGACAUAGUAGUGUCUAACCGAGAGACAACAAACAAGAAGUAGACGAUUCUAUAGCUACUGAAAUUACAUAUUCUUCCAAAAUAGGAGAAAUGGGCAUUCAAGCGGAGGCUCCAUGCUCGAUUGGGACUACGUAACUUCGAGCUAAAAAAGAAGGAACUGCUGGAGCCAAAGGAUGAGGAGUCAAGGGGCAGUAAUACACAACAGACGGAGAACAAACCUUGGAUAAAUAAAAAAUCCAAAUUGGAAAUUAUUAUGAAGGCAACUGAAAUACAUCUAGUAGUGGCCACUCUACUAGUUACAGUUACCUUUGCAGCAGCUUUGACAUUGCCGGGAGGUUUUGAGAGCGAUCCCGAUAGCCGUAAUAAAGGAACGGCAAUUCUAAUAAGGAAAACAGCAUUCCGUGCAUUUGCUGUUUCGAAUGCCAUUGCCUUUACAUGCUCCGCUGGUUCUAUAUUCAGCUACUUCUUCAUUGCACUAAAUGCAGCACAUACAAAGAAGUUAAAAGUUAUAAUUAACCUUUUUGGGGUGGCUAGUUUGUUGCAGCUUCUCGCGAUGUUAGCAGUUGUAAUUGCCUUUGUAACUGGUACAUAUGCUACUUUAGCACAUUCAAUUGGUCUCGCCAUUACUGUCUGUUUCAUCGGUUGCUCUA